CCCGCUCCCAGAUUUCCAGCUUCUGGUUUCCAUUCAAGCUCUUCUUCCUCCCUUCCCUCUCAUCUCUCUCUGUCCAAAAACAUAUCUUUGAUUCUCUUCUAAACCCUUAUCGAUUCAAUUCCGGUUCAACUCAAUUUUGCUGAAUAAAACUUGUUGAGCUCAUCUUUUAUGGCCACAAUUACCGCACCAAAACCAACCCCUUUCUUGCUUGAAUCCAACCUCAAAUGGAACCCUUUGUUGCCCUCCCAAAAUCCCUUUAAACCGUUCUUUAAUUCCCCCAAAAUUUCCCCAGCAUUCAAGCUUAAUAGCCAUAAACCCUCUAGAAUUUGCAGUCCCAAAUGUUUCUUCUCCAAUAAUUCUACAUCCAAUGUUGAUGGCGAUGCUGGCAAUUUUUGUUUCUUCAAGAAAACAGAGUCAUCAGUGGAAAUACAAGAGAAUCCUGUUGAUAAAUUUGCUAAAUUUAUCUUAAAAGCCUUUAAAGCUCUGCAAAAGCCGGCAGUGGCGGCAGUUCUUGUAGGAUUGUUGUUAAUGUAUGACCCCAAUUCAGCAUUGGCUGCCUCAGGUGGGAGAGUGGGGGGCAAAUCAUUUUCUUCGUCCAGGUCUUAUUCAUCGUCAUCAUCAAGGAGUUAUUCUGUGCCUAGGAUGUCCGGUGGCUCGAGUUUUUCAUAUUCUGCGCCGUAUUAUGCUCCCUCACCAUUUGGAUUUGGUGGUGGUGGUGUCUAUGUAGGACCUGCAGUUGGUUUUGGUUCGAGUUUUUUCUUGAUUAUGGUGGGAUUUGCAGCGUUUGUAUUGGUCUCAGGGUUCUUGUCGGACAGGUCGGAAGGUGGUGUGCUUACUGCUACUGGGAAGACUAGUGUUCUCAAGCUGCAAGUUGGCUUGUUGGGCUUGGGGAGAACUCUCCAAAGAGAUCUUGACCGAAUUGCUGAAACUGCAGAUACAUCCAGCCCAGAGGGUUUAUGCUAUGUGUUGACUGAGACUACACUAGCUUUGCUGCGGCAUCCUGAUUAUUGUAUAUCAGCUUAUUCAUCUGCUGAUGUUAAGAGGAGCAUGGAUGAAGGGGAAAAACGAUUCAAUAAGCUUUCCAUUGAAGAACGUGGCAAGUUCGACGAGGAGACCCUUGUCAAUGUGAACAACAUAAAAAAGCGAAGUUCAACAGGCCAGAGAGCAAGCGGCUUUAGUAAUGAGUACAUUGUGGUAACAAUAUUGGUGGCUGCUGAAGGCGUGCAUAAGCUGCCUACCAUCAAUAGUAGUUCAGACUUGAAGGAAGCAUUACAAAAGCUUGCCUCAAUUCCUUCAAGUAAAACCUUGGCCGUUGAGGUCUUAUGGACUCCCCAAAAUGAAGAUGACGCAUUAUCAGAGCGAGAGUUGCUUCAAGAUUACCCCUUGUUGCGGCCUCUAUGAAAUAAAAGACUGCCACGCCUUCAAGUUCUACAGAGGAGGCUUUAAACAAGCCUCUCUUCGUAUUCAGAGUAUGGUUGAUCAUAGAAUCAGAAGCUCAGUGAAGUAUCUAGUACUGUAAGUCACAAUUGUGCAAAGGUUCCUUCACUGAAACUAGUUUUGUUGAAGUGCCCCCCAACUAGAGUACAUACCAAAGCGAGGCUGUACAUAAAACACGUGCAAUAACAAACAAUUCUCUUCUAAAUUUUGAGGUAGUUUCACAUCAAUCCGAGUUAUAUCUCUCCUCCUGAUUGACAUGAGUUUCAUUUCCUUUGAAUUAUUACGUUGUGUAUAUACUACCCAUAAAACAACAGCUAUGGCAGAAAUUAGCCACAUUCUGUGCAGCAUAUGCCAAGGGGACUAUUCUAAUAUGACCUUAUACAGUGGUAAUUGAAACAUCAA